AUGUUUCGAAAAACCAAAAAUAACCUGGAUUGUAUUUUAGUUGAUUUCCAAUUUGCUAGAUACAUUCCUUCCGUUUACGACGUUUUAUUAACAAUGUAUUUGAAUUUAUCUUACAAGGAUUUAAACGAUAAUUUUAAAAGAUUAUUAGAUUUUUAUUACGAAUGUUUAAAAAGAACUUUGGAAAAGCACGAAAUUGAAAUAAAAAUGAUUAUAUCGUAUCCCGAAUUUUGGAAAUGCGUCGAUUUUUAUAAAAGAUUAGCUAUAGUUGAAGCAACUUGGUUUGGAACUAUCGCUUUUAUUGGAGAUGAUUUAGGACAAAAAAUUAGUUUGGAUGAAGAUAUUUUUAGGGAAUUUUAUUAUUUUAAUAGAAGCAAACAUUUAUUGGAAGAAAUGAAAAGGAAUGAAGAAUACAAGGUGAAAAUAACCGAUUUAUUAAGACACAUUGUUAUUUUAUUUAAAUAA